GCCACAAUUGCCGUACAACAUGGCAGCGCCCUGGAGCGCUUGUAUGACAAUACACUUGUACGUUCCGCUCUAAAGGGGAGCACGGAAGUAUUGCUGUGCCGAGGAAAUUUUUUUUUUUUUUGCCUUUCGCUACGAAAACAGAUCACUGCGUAUUGCCAUUUUUGCAAAGAUGGAGUAGAAAGGAAGAUGAAAACAUGCCCAGACCAACAGCAGUCACUGUUACUGUGGCUACCCUGUUUGGCAUUGCAGCAGGAGGUCUAGCUGUCUGGAAGGUCAUCCAACGUCGAAAACAUAACACUUGCAUUACACCUAACCAAGGACAAAAUGUUAAGGAACGAGAAAAGAAAGAUAUCUCAGAAGACAUUUUUCGUUCAUCUUUACCUUCUCCUACAAUUUGUUGGCUGGAGGAGAUCCUUGAGGCAAAAGUAAUAAUUGUUUCUGAGGUAGAGAAGUGGAAUGAAGUGGAACCCAUAUUAAUGAAAGAGUUGGAAUGUUGUCUAGUCCUUGGAAUUGAUUGUGAGUGGGUCUCAGUGAAAGGAAAAAAGGCCAAGCCUGUUUCUCUCUUACAAUUGGCUACUUGUAAUGGACUUUGCCUUCUUCUUCGUUUGCCCCAGCUGACCAAUGGGGGACAAGUUCUUCCAAAGACUUUGCUUGAAGUUCUGGCAGAUGGCAAAAUCCUAAAAGUUGGGGUAGGAUGUUGGGAAGAUGCCAGUAAGCUGUUUCAUGACUAUAGUGUAACAGUCAAAGGGACUGUGGACCUCCGCUAUCUGGCCCUAAGACAUAGUAAGACCUUCUCCACAAAUGGGCUCAGCCUGAAGUCUCUUGCUGAAAAGCUUCUCCAAUAUUCCCUUGAUAAAUCUCUACACUUGUGCUGCAGCAAUUGGGAAGCGGAACAGUUAACUCAAGAACAGAUUGAUUAUGCUGCCCGAGAUGCACAGGUGUCAAUGGCUUUAUUCCUCCACCUGGUGAACCUUUCCUGCCCCCCUUGUUCGUCAGGUGAUGGAUAUGUUCUUCCUGCUUGGGAAAAAGUCCUGAAGAAAUGUCAGGGUUUGGUGGAUGUACCCUUCAGGCGAAAAAAUAAUAGCUUUGGUGAUGAUGAAAACCCAGGAAAUGUGGAACACAGCUCACAGUAUGAGAAACUUCCAUCUAAUGAAUCCUCCCCAAUCAACCAGCAGGUGAAGGAUCCUCGGAAGCACAAACGGAAGCCUCUGGGUGUAGGAUAUUCUGCAAGAAAAUCUCCCUUGUAUGAUAAUUGCUUCUUGCACGCUCCAGAUGGGCAGCCUUUAUGUACAUGUGAUCGCAAGAAAGCCCAGUGGUAUCUUGACAAAGGCAUUGGAGAAUUAGUAAAUGUGGAGCCGUUUACUGUGAGAUUAAAGUUUGAGCCUUCUGGACGCCCUGAAUCAACUGUGGAUUAUUACUUGGCAGUCAAAGAAAAUCUGUGUGUUGCGUGUGGCAAAAAAGAGUCUUAUAUUCGAAAGAACAUUGUACCUCACGAGUACCGGAAACACUUUCCUAUCCAGAUGAAAGACCACAAUUCUCACGAUGUGCUCCUUCUCUGCACUGCGUGUCAUGCGCUCUCUAACUACUAUGAUAAUCAUCUCAAGCAACAACUGGCAGAAGAAUUCAGUGCCCCUAUUGGUUGUGAGGAGGGCGUUCGCUUGCUCGAAGAUCCCACCCGCAGAUUAGUCCGUUCAGCAGCUAGAGCACUUGUGAAUGCAGAUAGCCUGCCUGCUGCCAGGAAGGAAGAGCUGUUGCAGCUGAUCAGGGAUUACUUUGCAUCUGACACAGUUUCCCCAGAGAUGGUGCAGGAAGCAGCUGGACUGGAAACCAGGAUUUUUAAUGAGAACUAUGUGCCACAUGGCCUGAAAGUGGUCCAGUCUUUUGCUCAAGGGGGCUUAUAUUCUCUCAUGGGGCUGGAGAAACGUUGGCGCCAGCACUUCUUGGAUGUCAUGCAGCCCAAGCAUCUCCCAGCACAAUGGUCUGUUGAUCACAAUCACGACAAGUUAAUCCGGAAAUAUGGGGAGACUCUCAAGAUUGAGCUUUCCUGAAGAUGAAAUGAUGAAACUGGAAAAUAGAACUGAGAUUUAUUAUUUUCUCUCCCCCUCAUGUUGGGAUUAAGACGAUUCCACUAAGACAGUUACAUUGUGUAGAAAAUUUCACCAGCGUUGCCAGUUAAAACUAUUUUAAACUAAAAAGUGGUUUUAAGUCUUUUUAAUUGUUUCGAAUUACAAUUUGAAUGUUCGUUCUGUAAAGACCACCAUAGCCAUAUCUUCUUAGGAAAGGCCUCUAUACAUAUGUGGAUCACUUCCAGCCUUUCAGAUGUUCCUUCUGAAGUGCAGUGCUAUACUUGUCAUUUGUCAUCAUUGGGCAUGGACACAAGGCCCAAUGGGCAAGACUGCAUGAAAUAUCUGAGGCUAACCCUAACCUCCUCACCCCCCCCCCCAUCAUCCCAUUUUCCAGUCACAUUUGAAGAAGAUGUUUUGCUACAGCGGGAUAGAUGGAUGGAUGUUACAUUCCAUUCCCAUGACUGCGGUCUUGGGAUAUCUGAGACAGCAUGAAGAUCCCUUUUGGUUUCCCUUUCCCUUGUCUUCCCCCCAGCUUCCUCCCACAAAGCUCAUGACAGACUGGCACCUAGUGAAGCAUAGUUGCGAAUGAAGGCUGGCAGCUCUGACAACUCAUUGGAUAACUUUGAGGCAUUAUCUUUCACCUCACCUACAUAUGUGGCCCAAGGAUGAAGAACAAGGGAGCAAAAGGCUUGUUUCGAACUUUUAUUGUUUCCUGGGGUGGAAGUUUGCAUUGUUUCAGUUUUAUUCUGCUGGAAUAUAAGACACAGAAAUUUUUCAAAAAAAUGAUCCUAGUGGUAUUAUUUUGUUCUAACCUCAAAAGUGUCCUUUUCCAAUUUAUCCAUUUCCCUACUUUAUCUAUCUCUGAUCCUGUACAAAAGAAAAUUGAAACUUAAAUUUGUGUUGGUGGCUGCUUCUGAUAGGAUUUUUACUAUUGGGAGGAAAAAGUUAGUUUUUAUUGAGGUGCUGAAUCCAGCUGGGCAUUUACAACAUUAGAUUUUAAGUAGAUGCCCAUAUCAUAGAAUGUGAUGACUGAGAGUAUGACUUUUGACUGUUCACUAAGCUAGUGAAAACUGACAAAGUGGCUAAGAUUCCCUGUAAUACCAGUGCUGUGACUUCUAAGCUGAAUUCAUGCCCCUCUUGACUGGUUUGGUCUGUGAAGAAGAUGAGAUUAUUUGGAUGCGAGAGAUGGUGAUGGCUUUUUUGAGAGAGCUUCUGUUGGUUUUAGGCUUGAAAAAGGCAAUCCAGCCUUAUUUGACACUACUGUGUUCUUUUCCAACUUCUCCUAGCUUCAGAGGAUCAUAGUUGAACCAUAUUAUCCAGAUCCCAUUUACUCUGGAUUCAGACCUGUCAGAGGACAGACCUAACAUUGUGUCAAAUUCUUAACAGGAGAAUACUAACCCCACAAAAAAUAAGAUUCAUGAAUAUCAUUAGCUAAAUUUAUUCUGAAGACGGUAGAGGUCUUAUAUAGAGAAUCUUAGGAACGAAAUAAACCCUAAAAUAUAGCAUUUAUUUAAUAGUGAAUUUAUUUAUUUAUUUAUUAUUAGUGAAUUCAUUUGGGCGAAGUCUCUAAAUUUCUAAGAGCCACAUGAAUCUCUUGUUUCCAGAAUGCCAGGCUGAAAAUCCUUUGAGCUUCCUCACCUUUCUUGGAGAAAGGGGAGAAUUCACAUCUAGUCUUUUUGGUGGAGGUUUUAUUUAAAGGAUAGGAAUGCAAGAAGUAUUCUUGUAGUAUUAUAUUAUACAGGUAAUACAUUCAGCAACUAUCUUCAUGAUCUUUUGUAGUUGCUACAGUGAUGAAAAAAUAACUUUAUGACCAAUCUUAGCAUUUAUGACUUUCAAAGGUGUGGAAAGGAUAGGAAAGGUGAAGCAAGAUCAUAAACCAUAGCUGCAGUUUCACUUAAUGACCUCUUGGCUUGAUGAUUGGGCUACCAGUCCCAAUUGUGGUUGCUAAACAAAGAACUACCUGUUUAUCCUUCCUGGUCUUGUUAGACUUUUCAUGGUAUCUUGCUGGGGAUGGGAGUUGCAGGCACUGUUCCUUCCUUAAGUGGAUGUCAGUAAUGGUGGGGGGAGGAAAAUCAAGCUGGUAGGUUAGGGAAGAGGUCUACAACCCUCGGUUCACAGCCGGUUAUGAGUCUGUGACCUGUUGGGAACUGGACCACUGCUGGUCCACAGAGCUGGUAAGGUUGGGGACUGCUGGAUUAGGGGAUGGUUAGGGGAUGGUGGUGCUAGGACUCAGGAAUGGGCUGUAGUACUAUGUUUCCCAGAAAAUAAGACCUGGUCUUAUAUAUUUUUUUGACAUCAAAAAAUUCAUUAGGGCUUAUUUUCAGGGAAUGUCUUAUUUUUUGGCAGGUGGAUUUGCCCCACGUGGCCUGCACCCGCUUACCUCAGGGCCCCCGAACCCAUCCCCGCUUGGUGACCUCCCUCCACCUCUUCCCUUUCCCUUCCCUCCCGAGCCGGACUGCCAUACUAUGGAGGAUGGGCCUUACCUGGCCCCCCUCUGCUAUUUUGGAGCUGCAUCUGCUGCUGGAGGGGCUUUCUUCGGUCCCUGCUGCCCCCGCUUUGCCCCAUAGAUCAUCUUUCUGGCGGCAGCUGCCGACUCCUCCUCCUCCGCCAACUCUCUCAUGGCUUGCGCCAUGACCAGGGGCGCAAGCCUCCCCUGCCACCUCCCUCCGCCAGCCCUGGUAUCCCUCUGCUAGCCCUCCAUUGCCACCACACACUUUUUUGAUGCCCUGCAUUGGCCCAUGUCUCCCUUCUCUCUUCUGGAAAUGGUAGCCCCAUUUUCUGCCACUCCUGGAAGAAGGGAGGAAAGGAAGGACGCUGUGUAGGGAAGGAUGCUAUGUUAGUUCCAAGAAAACUACACCAGCUGGAGCUGAGCGAGGAAGGCCAGGCUCCCCUUCCCCUACAAAGCCCUUGGAGAGCGGCUCGCUUAUAUUAGGCACAUACGUAAAAAUCAGGCUAGGGUUUAUUUUCGGGAUAGUUCUUAUUUUUGGGAAAACACGGUACUAAGGAAUAUCCUUGCUCCGGGUUAGCACUUUUACAAGGAGUCAAGACUAUUUUUGGAACAGGAAUUUGGGCGUUAGGUCUCUUAGUGUUCAACAGAAUGGCUGUCUCUCUCUAUUCUAAAUGUACUGUUUUUAUUGUUUUUUUUGUUGGUUUUGAUAUUUAGUCUAAAUUGUCAUAAGUUAGGUGGAUGGUAUAAAAGUGCUUAUAAUAUACAAAUAAUGAAUAAAUAAGUUAGUUACUAAUGAUUGCAUCAUUCACACUCAGACACUUGCAGAUAAAUCAGUAUGGCAAAAAAAACUUAUUAGGAACCCUUUGUUGGAGAUUCAAUUUUCUAUAUGCUACUGGAUUUUUUUAAAAAUAGUAUUGUUUUUGGCCACAUAAAUCCCAAUUUGUUAUCUGAUGAUAAUGCCUAUUCACUGUUUAAA